AUGUCAAAGAAAAGGAAGUACAACGAAGCUUACUUAUCCUUUGGUUUUACUUUCAUCGCUGAACGUGAUGGGACACAAAAGCCGCAGUGUUUCAUGUGCGGCAAGGUUCUUGCCAAUGGAAGCAUGAAGCCAACAAAGCUAAAGGAGCACCUCACGUGUGUCCAUCCUGAAAAUGCAUCGGACAGUGUUGAUCUAUUUCGUGCAAAGAAGGCUCGAUUUGAGAAAGCUGGAACUUUACCAAAACUUGAAUUUACCCCAACACAAAAGCCUUGUCCUGAAGCAUCCUACAAGGUUGCUUAUCGCAUUGCCAAGCAAGAGAAGCCACAUACGAUUGGAGAGACCUUGGUAAAGCCAUGUGCCCUGGAAAUGGUGGAGCUGCAAGUAAUGGAAGAAUUGGCAGCUACGCCAUUUCCGUUCAGCAUGCAACUAGAUGAAACUACUGACGUCUCUCAGUGCAGCCAGCUCCUGGUUUUCGUCCGUUAUAUGCAUGCUGAUGCCAUCAAAGAAGAAUUCCUAUUUUGUGAGCCCCUUUUGGAAACUACAAAGGCCAUCGACAUCUUGGAAAUGGUGAAUAGUUUCUUUGCCAAGCAAAACUUCGACUGGAAGAAAAAUCUUGGUACGCUGUGCACAGACUGA